AUAUGAAAGCAGAUUUACAACAGCUUUCAUCAUACACACUGACAGAGAUCCUGGACUGAACUGAAAGGGCCCUAACAGCAACAUAAAGCGGUGAAAAGAGCAAUAAUUGUACCCACUAAUCAUGGAGAGCAGCACACUGAGUUCACCUCCUUCUUCAUGGAGUGAAUGUUUUGUAUUAAAGCGGAUCCGCAUGGUGGUCCCUGCUGGUUUCAAGACAGAAAUAAAGGAGUUAUCUAAACUGGCCGGACCAGUGGUUAUUGCCCAGCUCAUGGUUUUUGCAGUGAGUUUUGUUAGUACUAUUUUCUGUGGCCAUCUGGGGAGGACAGAGUUGGCAGGGGUUACUUUGGCCAUAGCAGUGAUUAAUGUUACAGGAAUAUCGAUUGGAUCUGGUUUGUCAGCAGCAUGUGAUACUCUGAUUUCUCAGACCUUUGGGAGCCGUAACCUCCUGAGAGUUGGGGUCAUUCUGCAGCGGUCAAUCCUCAUUUUGAUACUGGCCUGUUUCCCCUGCUGGGCGAUCCUCAUUAACACAGAGCCAAUUCUGCUGGCUGUCAGACAGGAUCCAGAGGUGGCCAGGUUGUCUCAGAUGUAUGUGAAGAUCUUUAUGCCAGCACUUCCUGCUACAUUCAUGUAUUCAUUAGAAACCAGAUAUCUGCAAAACCAGGGCAUCAUAUGGCCACAGGUAAUCACAGGCUUUGUGGUCAAUCUUCUUAACGCUCUCAUCAACUACAUCUUUCUUCACUCAUUAAAUCUAGGAGUAGCAGGUUCUGCUGUUGCCAACACCAUUUCCCAGUUCUCCAUGGCUGGAAUUCUCUAUGCUUAUAUCAUGUGGAAAGGUCUUCAUAAGGCUACCUGGGGAGGCUGGUCUAAUGAGUGCCUGCAGGACUGGGGCUCAUACAUCCACUUGGCCAUCCCUAGCAUGGUCAUGCUGUGUGUUGAGUGGUGGACAUAUGAGAUUGGAAGUUUUCUGGCAGGUCUAAUAAGUGAGGUGGAGCUUGGAGCUCAGUCAGUUGUAUACGAACUGGCAAAUGUUGCAUACAUGUUCCCUACAGGUUUCAGUAUAGCAGGCAAUGUAAGAGUUGGAAAUGCCUUGGGAGCCGGAGACACAGAGCAGGCCAAGCUGUCUGCUAAACUGGCAAUGUUCUCUGCAGGGUCAGUCUCUAUAGGUUUAGCAGUUCUCAUUGGAGGCCUGAAGGACCACAUCUCUUAUGUCUUUACAUAUGAUGAACAAAUCAGGGAAAGGGUUGCUGAUGUCAUAGCUUUGUAUGCUCCAUUCGUCCUUCUAGAUGCAAUAUCAUGUGCCUCAGGGGGCAUUAUAAGAGGAGCCGGUAAACAGAAAAUCGGGGCUGUUUGCAACAUUUUGGGAUAUUAUGGAGUUGGUUUUCCUAUUGGAGUGUCACUGAUGUUUGCAACCAAAUUAGGAAUCAAGGGUCUGUGGACAGGCUUGUUCACCUGCGUGGCUUUGCAGUCCUCAUUCAUGAUUUUCUACCUUGUAAGAAUGAACUGGAAGAAAGCUACGGUUGAGGCUCAAAUCAGAGCAGGAGUGUGUGGGAGCUCCACAGACACAAGUACCCAACCAGAUGAUCCAGGGAACUCACAGGGCCAAACAGACACCAUGGACUUGGUUGGCACUAAGGCGGGACCAGCAGUAACAACAGGGGAGGAGGAGCUCACUCACAGGACUCUGGUUUUGCGUAGGGGACUGGCUCUGGCUAUCAUGCUAUCAAUCCUGGCUUCUGGAAUCAUUAUGAACCUGCUAAUCACUAACCUGGUUACAUGAACAUGAGCAAAGUCUAUUGUAUUCAGUGAAGUAACUCCUCAGCCACAAGUGCACAAUAUGAUGCAGAUGUUUGCAUUGCAGGAUGUCACAGCAGGACAUGCAAGAGAAAGGCACAAGUGCAGAUGGGCUGAAAAUAGACAGAACGAAGAAAAUGAAAUGGUCUAGGAUCAACAAAUGAAUCUGUCAGGACAAAAUAUUACUCUAAAACCAUUCAUUCACAAGAUUUUCCAGUGAAUCUGCCAGUGUUCGGCUCACAACCACAAACUGUCAAAGAGAAUGAGUCAAACUAAAGAGAGUUUGACAAUCAUUGUAUUUAAUACAUUAAACAUAAAUAUUGUGGUUA